AUGACGCGCAGAGUUCUCGACAUCGACCACCUGACUCCGCCCAGCGACACCCUCAGCGAAACCACGGCCUCGUCGGUUUCGUUCUCUCAUCGCCAGUCUUUGUCAGCAGGUUGCUCUACAUCAGACUUCACACCUCCGCUCUUCCCCGAGCCCCCCCACCACGCUCCUCACCUCAAAGUGGAACAGCAGCAGCGCUGGGCAGACAUUCGGCAGAGAGGAGACCGGCCGUGUAGGGAGAGAGAAGCCAUUCGAUCGCCAACGUCCAGAGCCCUUUGAAAUGCUCCUGUCAGUCAUUUGCUCCUGGGUGGGGCUCGCGCUGCUGUCCUUGCCCACCCCCACGAGCCCAUACUGCGUCACCGUCCGGGGCCCCGAAUGCGACGACGUCGAGUUUGCACCCGGCUCCACUCUGGCAGGCGAAGGCUUUGACAUCACCAAGAUGCAGCGUAAAGGGGCCUACGUCAUCGACACGAGCACCUGGAAGCGCAGAGACAAAACGUGCACCAUAUGCCACAACCCGUACCUGCAGAAGAAGCAGAAGCUUCCCUUGUCCAUCGUGGACUGGAGACCCAAUCACCAGUGCAGCCUGAAAAUCGCCAGUGCCCUGCAUGAGUCUAGCGAGGCCCUGGUGAGCUCCUCCACCAAGAGUGUGCAGAACAACUGGGAAAGCAGCCUGGAGCUCAGUCACAAGAACUUCAGAGGGUCGCUGAUGUUGGCAGGAACCAAUUCCAAACUGGCAGAGUACUCGAUGGAGAAAACCAAGAAGGACAGGUUCAGCUUCACCAGCCACCACGUGUCGUGUCGGUACUACAGCUACAGGUUGUCCAGCUCGCCUUCCAUUCAUCCAGAGUUCCAGCAAGCAAUGAAGAAACUCCCCAAGAAGUACAACCAAAACAGCAAGGCACACUACUACAAGUUCAUCGACAUCUUCGGCACUCAUUACAUCACCAAGGUGGACCUGGGUGGCAGCAUCAGUACGGUGACCAGCAUCAGGCAGUGCGAGGCUGCCCUACAGGGCCUUAGCGUGGACGAGGUCAAGAUGUGCCUGGACGUCGAGGCAGCCGCCAACGUGGGGGAGAAGGUCAACAUGAAGACGAAGGCUCAGCACUGCCAGGAAGACCGCAACAAGCUGGAGAACCGCGCCAGUUUCUCUAGCAAGUUCAACGACAGAUUCACAGAGAUCCAGGGUGGCCACACCACGGAGCCAGAGCUCAUGUUCUCACCCACCAAGAACCCCGAGGCAUACAAGGAGUGGAUGUUGUCGCUGCAAACCAUCCCGGACCUGAUCUCCUACUCGCUGGACUCGCUGCACGAACUGCUGCCCCCAUCGAACCCCUUAGCCCAAAACCUGCAGCGCGCCAUCAGUCACUACAUCCUGGAGCGGGCGCUCUGGAAGAAUUGCUCGGAGCCCUGCCCCACCGGGGUGAAGACGAACCCAAAGGACUCGUGCGUGUGCAGCUGCCACAACAACCCGGGAGUGACACCCAACUGCUGCCCCACGAAAAGAGGACAAGCGAGGGUGAAGGUGACCAUCCAGAGAGCCACCGACCUGUGGGGCGACUACAACACGGGCACCGACGGCUACGUCAAGGUGUCCCACAUGGGUGUCCCGGUGGGUCGCACCCGAAUCAUCUACAACACCAACCACCCUUACUGGGGCGACGUGUUCGACAUGGGUCUGGUGGUGCUCUCGGCAGGGGACAGCGUGAAGCUGGAGGUGUGGGACGAGGACAACAAGUGGGACGACGAUCUGCUGGGCACCUGCAACGUCAAGCUGGCGGCUGGCGUGAAGGAGGACAUAUGCGGUCUGAACCACGGGCAGCUCUACUACAAGGUGGAGGUGGAGUGCGCGCCCAGCCUCGGCGGGGGGUCCUGCAGCGACUACGUUGGCUCUCCGCUGAACUGGCACAUGCAGAAGGCCUACGUGUCCCGAAACGCGCUGCCCGUCCCAAGCAAGAUCCUCGAGAAACUGGGCGUGGUGUUCGACAACGGCACGGCCUUGGCCAACCGGAGCCGAAGUGACAGAUGAAGCCUCGUGACGACCGACGUGACAAAUUCACGAGAAAGGCCAGACGCUCGGGUCGGACAUGGAGGGAAUCUCGGGGGAUGGGGAACGCCACUCAAUCACCUGUGUACCUCCCAAACCAGAGAAAGCAAACGUUGCCUUCAACAAGCAUGUAAUGUAAAAAAGUUUUAUGCUUCUUCAGAGCAGCCUUGCAUUUUAUUCACCUUCUUUUUCAUGAUACUUGGAGACUGCUCUGCUUAUGGAGGAUGAAAAUUCCACACAGGCUGCACUGUUCCACUUCCACGGGUCUCUGGGAUGUUUCCCUUGGCCCAAGGAAGCAUUUAUUUAUAUCUUCUUGCAUAUAUUGUAUACCUUGAAUAAAAAAAUGUAACAUUACAGUUCUUUAUUUGAAUUUAAACAUGGAAACCCAGCUUUUCCUUUGCAUUUGCACUUUAUAAAGUUGUAGCAGCCAUAAUGGGAGGUGCCCAGUUCUGGGAAGAGGGGGGUUAUAAUGCUUUAUGCUUGUAAUAAUUUGCCUAUUAAACUCUGGCAUAAAGAACACCUUGUGAUGCUCCAGUUCCACAUUUUU